GCCCAGCGCAGAGCCGAGGGCGAGGAGGGCGCGGCCGCGAGAGGGCGCGGCGUGCGGCUGGCGCGCGAGGUCGGGUGGUUGCGGGGCCCGGGUACGAGGCGCUCAGAGGGACCCGGGGCCGAGGGAGCGCGGCGGGCACGCGCGCCAUGAACCCGAAGGCCGGCGGUGAGGAGGAGGACUGCGUGGACUCGGGUGCCGAGACCGGAGGGUCUGACUACAGCCAUCUGUCCUCCACCAGCAGUGAGCUUUCUGUGGAGGAAGCACAGGACCCUUUCCUGGUGAGCAUCCACAUCAUCGCAGACCCAGGAACAUCUCAGCCACUGCAGGAGGCCAUCGACAAAGUUUUGGCAUGGGUUCACCCUGAUCUCCCACUGUUCCGAGUCUCUGAGCGGCGCACAGGCAGGCGAAGACGGAAGUCCCCCAAGGGUACGCAGCCAGCACUGGCUGUAGUGCUGUUCCUGCAGGAGGAGUAUGGAGAGGAGCAGAUCUUGCAGGUGCACCGGGUGCUGCAACAGCCACCCUGGCGCCACCACCACACAGAACGUGUGCACGGCCGCUUCCUACCCUACCUUCCCUGUAGCCAGGACUUCUUCACUCUGGCUCCUGGAACCCCACUGUGGGCCAUCCGGCCAGUGCACUAUGGCAAGGAGAUUGUGCGCUUUACCAUCUACUGUCGCCACGAUAGCUAUGCAGACAGCCUCCGCUUCUAUGAGCUGAUCCUACGCCGGAGCCCCAGCCAGAGGAAAGCAGACUUCUGCAUCUUCCCCAUCUUCUCCAAUCUGGAUGUGGAUAUCCAGUUCUCCCUGAAAAGACUGCCCUUCGACCAGACCCCGGUACCCACCGACUCCUCAGUGCUGGAGUUCCGAGUGAAGGACAUCGGACAGCUGGUGCCCCUCCUUCCCAACCCCUGCAGCCCCAUCAGUGAAGGGCGCUGGCAGACUGAGGACCACGAUGGCAACAAGAUCCUUCUGCAGGCACAGAGGACACACAAGAAGGUCCCCAAGUGCAGGAGAGUGCACCACCACUCUGAGAAGCCUCAUUCCACUCCAUCAACAGCCAUUGACACACCAAGCACAGCACAGGGCAGCAGUCACACAGCCCUACGGAGCAGCCCGUUCCUGGGGUCUAGCCAGGUGGCCCUGCUUCCCAGGAACAAGCAGGGGUGUGCCCCACAGUCAAGCACCUCCAACCCUGCCUGCUCCUUCCAGAGGAGCAAGUCUUUGUUUUGUUUGCCCAGUGGAGGCCCCUCCCCAACUGAAGCACAGCCACUACUGACUGGUGCUCAGAGACACAGUGCAUCCGAGUGGCGGCCCAGCAACCUCCUGUCCAUUGAUGACUUAGAGGGGGCCCAGGAGACAGAUGUGGACACAGGCCUGCAGCUGUCCUCCUCAGACCUGUCUGUGGUCUCCGCAUAUUCUGCACCCAGUAGGUUUUGCAACACUGUGGAGUCAUCAUCUCUCCCAUCCAAGAGAUGUAGCAGCCACUGGCCAGCACCCAAGAGUCCCGAGGAAGGACCACUGGCUGCUGCCAGUGAGGUGAGCCCAGACACCUCCUGCGAUUCCCACCCUGUCUUCACCAAAGGCUCUCCCAGCCCCUCACAAAUAACUACUGCUGCUCUCUCAGCUUCUGGUGUCUCCUUGCUCACAGAGUCAUCCCCACAACUCCCUUGUGAGGACUCUAAAGCCACACAGGGUGGUCAAGAUGUGCUAUUGCCUGCAGCAACAGUCGGCCCGGAGGAUAAUGACAUGGAGGAGUUCUACAUCUGAGCAUGUCUUUGUUUUCAGACAGACUCAGUCACAGAAACUCGGGCACCACAGCCCAUUGCCCUUGGUUCACAGGGUGAUCUCCGUCCCAUUUGCCAACUCUGACAAAAACCUAAUUAUCUGUCUUGGGAGAUCAUUAACAUGUUAGCCAUGCUGCCUAUCCUUAACUGAAUGGUGACAUAUUUUUAAAGGCUCAGAAAAAAAGAGAAAAAAAGCUGACAUUUA